AUAUCGUUGUCACUUGUAGAUCUUUCAGUUGAUUCAUACUUGAUGCACUUCAUACGUGCCAAAAUGACUUCUCUACUUAAUCCUGUAUUGACAAAUCCAACCCGAUUUUAAAUGGCCAACAAACCCUAAAUUCAAUAUCAGAGUAUGUGAGGAAAAAUAUUUCAUAAAGAACAAUAUCAUACUUUUGUUUUUCAUAUUUGUUCAUUAUUAUCUCAUAACUCACACUUCCCACAUCAAUAUGAAAAGUUUGGGGAAUAGCAUUUUGUGCCUGGUAUAAGCAAUGCAAGGGUUUUCAAUGCAUUAGCGUAGUUAAAUAUACAAUUACCCCUCAAUAUGAAAAUUUUGGGGAAUAGCAAUACCAAAUAGAGUGUUAGUUAUACAUAAGUUAGAAGAGAGUAUCAAACAAGGUGUUAGUAAUGCACAUGCUGAUGCAUCCUACUAAACGACACCCCUUAUUGCACCGAGCUGAUUUGCUUUUAUGUUUUGAGCGUACAAACAGCCUUUCACAGAGCAUAACGCUCGUCAAGGUGUGAACUUUAAUAUGUGACCCUCUUCGAAUUUUCCUUUCUUAUCAGUAGAAUUUAGAUUGCAACGUGUAAGAGAAUCUAGAGCUGCAGUAUAUAGCUUGAAAUGAUAUUCUCUGAGGUAUCCAGUUGCUGAUCUUCCCGUUCAAGUUAAUAGCUUUAUACAAAGGUGAAUACCAAUGUAUAGGAUUAGUAGGUUUAGAACGAGCAUGAUCUUUUUAUAUAUUUAUAAGUUUCCUUUUUGCUGUAAUAUUAUGGAAUCCAUGCUGACUUGGUGAAAGAUGGGACACAAAUGGAAGAAAAUAGUCUAUAUAAGUAGAGACCUUUCUUGUUCAGUGCCUAAACCGCACUAUGCUCCACUUCAGAAAAUGAGACUUUUCGGUGAAACCAGUGAACCACGAGCUGGUUAGAUGUGUGGGGCAGACAGCUCAUAGUACUUGCUAGCGGGACUACACAGUGGAAGGGAAGGAGCGUAAACUAAAUGUUAUUGCUUGACUCUAUUGUGAGCUCAAGCUUCGAAUCUGUUAGAGCAUCUCUUUUGUGUUGGUAUUUUGCUCAACUGGUUUGGGAACAUCAAUUGUUGAAUGCUGCUAUUUAAUUGGUGGAACGACAAGAUCCUUAAUCAUGUGGCUUCAUAUAUUACUGAGGUCAUGCUUCCUUUGGUUUUCUGGGAGCUGUGGAGGUUUGAGUGAUACCAAUUAGGUGGGUAUAUGUUGUAGUUAUAGUAGUAUGUUACUUUUGAUCAGAUCCUAUCUAGGAGUCUUUUAGCCUUGUAAGAAAUUUAUAUGUUAGUAGAAGUAUAGAGAACUUAUUUGUAUAAUUUUGAUCGGAGAUAAGUUUAAACGGAGAAACAUAGUCAUUGAGGAUUUAUAUAGUAGACCCCAACUUGUUUGGACGACAGCAAUAGUUGUCAUUGUUGAUUGUAUGUGUACAUAGUUCCAACCAAAAGCAGUAGGUUCACUUGAACCCACCGAAGUCGCAUUUAGAUCCCCCUCUGGCUCUAUACACAAAAAAGGCUUUUCUUGCAAACGUGGAGCCUUCUUGGGGGGCGUCCAUAGUGCUUUUAUUCUUCUGCUGGAACAUCCUUGAAUACGUGAACUCUUUUCCAGUCCGCUUCUGGUUAAUGUUCUUUUCCUUCUAAUACAUGACUUUGCCUCCUCUUGUCCCACAAAGGCUAGGAUACUACUGGCCCCCGGGUUUGUAGCUAAUGACAAUCAACAGCCGUAUGUACAAAGCACUCCUUAUCAGGCGACCAUGGCGGGUCCAUCACAUUUCAAACACAUAUCAGAUGCGUCUUCUGAUGGAGGUCUAUUUAUUGAAGAUCCAGUAUCUCUGGUUCAAGCAGCACGUGUUGGAGAGUCAGAGGAGCACAGGUUCAGGUCCUUUGAUGAUACCGAUAAAGAUAGUAAUAUUCAAGAUGGGGACACUUCCUGUCUAGCUACAGGAACCAUGAGUAAUGUUGAGGAAGAUCUCUUACCAGGCACAUAUUCUUAUGAUGUUGACGAUGGGGAGCAUGAUAAUUUUCC